GGCUUGAGCACUGGCUCAGACAUUCUCAGCUAGACUGCACACCUCGCCUCGGCUUUGACAGACCCCCUCCCCCGCCCAGCGCUCCCAAAAGCCCACCUCUCGAGCCUGCCACCCCUCCUAUGAUGGCUGCUGCGAACGAUCAAGCGGCUCACAAGGAGCCGCGGCCGCCGGUGCCGAUCCUCGAAGCGCCGAAGCUCAGCGUCAAGAUGUCUGCGACCGAGCUGAUCGGCAACACGCCGCUCGUCCGUCUGAACAAGAUCCCCCAGUCGUUUGGCGUCGAAGCAGAAGUCUACGCCAAGGUCGAACUGUUCAACGCCGGCGGGAGCGUCAAGGACAGGAUAGCGCUGCGCAUGAUCGAGGAGGCCGAGAAGAGCGGCCGGAUCAAGCCGGGCGACACGCUGAUUGAGCCCACCAGCGGCAAUACCGGCAUUGGCCUCGCGCUUGUCGGCGCAAUCAAGGGCUACAAGACCAUCAUCACCCUACCCGAGAAGAUGUCGGCCGAGAAGGUGUCGGUCCUGCGCGCGCUCGGCGCCACCAUCAUCCGGACGCCUACCCAGGCCGCCUGGGACAGUCCCGAAAGCCACAUCGGCGUGGCAAAGCGCCUGCUGAAGGAGAUUCCGAACUCGCACAUCCUCGACCAGUACACAAACCAGGACAACCCGCUCGCGCACGAGUUCGGCACAGCGGAGGAGAUUUGGGCGCAAACCGGCGGCAAGAUCACGGCCGUGGUUGCGGGCGCUGGAACCGGAGGCACCAUCACCGGCAUCGCGAAGGGCCUGAGGAAACACGACAAGAACAUCAAGAUCAUCGCGGCCGACCCCCACGGCAGCAUCCUGGCCCUGCCGGAAAGCCUAAAUGAGGAGAAGGCCAACAUCCCGUACAAGGUGGAGGGCAUCGGCUACGACUUCAUCCCGGACGUCCUGAACCGGGGCCUGGUGGACAAGUGGUACAAGACCGACGACCGCGAGUCGUUCCAGCUGGCCAGGCGGCUGAUCGCCGAGGAGGGCCUGCUGGUCGGCGGCAGCUCCGGCAGCGCGAUGGCGGCCAUGCUGCGGGCGGUGAAGGACUUUGGGUUCGGCAAGGGCGACGUCGUGGUCGUCGUGCUCCCGGACAGCAUCCGCUCCUACCUCUCCAAGUUCGCCGACGACGACUGGCUGGCCGCCAACGGCCUCCUGCCCAACGACCCCGAGAACAUCGACGGAAAGGACACGCUCGCCGCGCCCAAGACACUGAGCCAGAACCCGGCGGACGCCUACGGCGGCGCGACGGUGCGCUCGCUGCGCCUCAAGCCCGUCUCGUCGGUCCUCACGACCAGCCCGUGCGCCGAGGCCAUCGAGACGAUGCGCGACAAGGGCUUCGACCAGCUGCCCGUGCUGACCGCGACGACGGCUGGCGGCGGCGGCGGCGGCGGCAAGCUCGCCGGCCUGGUCACGCUGGGCAACCUGCUGAGCUACAUCUCGCGCGGCCGGGCGUCGCCGACCAGCCCCGUCAGCGAGGUCAUGUUCGACUUCAGCCGCAUCGACGAGGUCGUGACGGACCCGCGCCGGUUCGGAUCCGACCUCAAGGGCAAGGGCCAGAAGCGCAAGUUCGUCGAGAUCACCAUGGACACGCCGCUGUCCGCGCUCAGCCGCUUCCUCGAGUGGAACAGCGCGGCCGUCGUGACGGAGAGGGGCUCCGAGGGGAGGAAGCCUGUUGCGGUGGUCACCAAGGUGGAUUUGCUGACGUGGAUGGUGAGGCAGAAGCCCUCGUGAAUACGGGGCUUUUUCUUCGGUUUGGGUUUCCUCUGUUUUUUGAGCAUCUUUGACGGGCCAUUGUGCCUCUGGAGUCCGGACUCAACAUCUCCGGUCGGGUUGGACAGUGGCGGUUAGAUACAGUAUAACGGGAUAGAU